AUGAAUUCAGCUGAAAAUCAAACGACUAGUCCGAAUAAACAGUCGAGAAGUUCAUUAGAUGAACAUGAUUUAACAAAUAAACGUCUCAAAAUAGAUCAUGCAGAUCAGAACAAUCAAACUCACCAAGUUUCCACAACAAAGAAUCAGUCAACAUAUGUCAAAACUAUACAAAAAAAUGUUUUCAAGAAACAAUCUCAGUUCUUCAUCGAAUCUUUGCUUACUGAUCAACAACAGAUUGAUGUUAAACAAUUACCAAGUUCUCUUGAAACACUACCAAACGAACUGUUAAUCGUUAUUUUUUCUCAUUUGACUUUACAUGAUCUUGUCAGAACAUUUUAUGGACUUAACUGGCGAUUCAAUUCGCUCGUCUUUGCAUCGACUCGUCAUUGUAGCCUUCCAUAUAAAACACCACUAGUUUGGUUUGUUGAAUAUAUGUCACUCAUCGAAAAUACUAUUGAAAGUGUGCGUUUGGAUGUCGACUCGAUAUUGAAUGUUUUUUCAUAUAGAAAUUUAUUUGUCAAUCUUCGUUCAAUUAUACUUGUCAAGGUGUUAUUUUUUACAGUCGAAUUGAAUGUCACAAAUUGCUCUGCUAUGAGUGCUAUUCUGUCAUGUUUGAACAUCAUUCGAAUAUGCAAUAUCUGGCCUGCGCAUGAAUUCGAAGAGGAAACGGAAACUGAUCAUUGCGGACUUUUUCGUAGUCGUGACAGAUUAACCAGCUAUCAGCAGGUUCGUAAGUCAUUUAUUAUAUUUUAGUUAUCUUGCAAAAUCCAAUAAUUUCUAGGCUCAGGUCGUCGUCAACACAUUACCAUGCCCAGCCAUUGUACGCUUAUCUAUUGAAGAAUGUACAGAACA